AUGCAAGAUGGAGAAUACCGAGAUAUUGAACCAAAGGAUAAAAUUAUCAAAGUAUACUCCGAAUUCAUGACGAGAGUUGCUCAAUUUGAAGAGCUCAUGUCCACCGGUUGCACUCUACUCAUCGGCUUUCAGCAAGCUCUCGAGUUUUUAAGACAGCCGUCCAUUAACAAGACAUCAAAACUGGUCGAGCGCAUUAUUAAAGCUCACGACUCAAGAAGAAUUUUGUCCUACGUGGAAUCUGGAUAUGUCAACUGUCACAACUGUGUACAAAAUGUCAGCAAGUUGCACGAGUGCCAUCUUGGACUUGAGGACCAUAUUAAUCGAGCUAAAAUUGUUGUGAAUGAACUCAAAGGCCUUCUGGAUGAUCUGAGUUGCGAUUCGGAUCCUGUUUUUACUUUGAGCGAUGGAGAACAAAUUACGAAACUUGAAGUUGCUGAUUUAGCUGCCAUGAUGGCUUACGUGUACAGUAUGGUGAAACAAGAUUAUGCAAUGCAAGUCCGAAUAGUGUCCUCUCUAAGCUACGAGUCUUUGUUGUCUGGGGAGCUGGAGACGUAUUGCAAGAUGUGGUCUUUAAGGCCGUUUGUGGAUGAUGACAUUAUGCGUAAAGCUUGGGAACUCGUUUCGUGA